CCCAGCUCUGCAGCAGCACAUUGAAGCAGCCAUUGACAGAAUCAAGCUGCAUAAUGACCUCAGCCCCAGUGACAGAAGAAGAACAUCUUGGCCCCAGAAAUGAGAACAACACCACAAAUCCGACUAUGGCUUCUCCAACUUGCAAAGAUGCAAUGUGUAUCUUCUUUGCAGCAGCCAAUUUGAUGAUCUUCAUCCUGGGUGUUGUUGGAAAUGGUUUAGUGAUCUGGAUUGCAGGGUUUAAGCUAAAGAAAUCAGUUAUUAUCACCUGGUACCUGAGUUUGGCCAUGUCCGAUUUCAUAUUAUGCGCCUUCCUGCCCAUUGGUAUCAUUGAUAUGUUGAAAAAUGAGUGGGUCUUUGAUUACUUCAUGUGCAAGUUCUGGUCUUUCUUCACGUUGCUUAACAUGUACAGCAGCAUCUUCCUCCUUGUCAUCAUCAGUGUGGACCGCUGUGUAGUUGUUAUGUUUCCUGUGUGGGCACAAAACCAGCGCACCAUAAAAAAGGCUUCUGUGGCAGUCGUGCUGGCUUGGCUCAUCUCAGCAGCCCUUAGUGCACAGUCAGUUGUCCUCGACGAUGUUGAGCACGAUCACCUCGACCAUACCACAUUUUGUUUCUACAGUCACAUAAAUGAUCAAAACCAUUUUGCUGAAGUGGCAUGUGAGUUAAUUUUUGGGUUUCUGAUUCCUUUCCUGGUCAUUAUUGUCUGCUAUGUUGCUAUUGUCCGAAAGCUGAAGUCCAACCAGAUGCCGAAGUUUAAAAAGCCCUUCAAGAUCAUGACGGUGCUGGUUGCUACUUCCUUGAUUUGCUGGGUGCCUUAUCACACUGUUGCUUUGAUGGACCUAAACUAUGAGAAAUAUAAGAGUUUUCUUCCUACCGCAUAUGUGGUUGUCAUCAUUCUUGCCAGUGCCAACAGUGCUCUGAACCCAUAUCUUUAUGCAUUCAUGGGGAAGGACUUUAAGAUCCAAUGUAAUGCACUUCUGUCAAAGAUUGAGAGUGCAGUCAAGGAGGACCUCUAAUGGAAAUCUACUGCCACCUCCAGGGAAGGCAAACUACUGUUUGAA